CAUGUUAACGCGCAUGCGCUCUUCUCCUUGGCGGUCGCUCUCUGCCCCUCGUGAAGAUGGCAGCGCGCGCGGGACCUCGAGCCACGGGAACCGAUGGCAGUGACUUCCGGCACCGGGAGCGCGUGGCCGAGCAUUACCAAAUGAGCGUAUCUCUCAAGUCUGAGAUUAAGAAGUUGAUCUACAUGCAGGUGGGCCUGUGGCUGUUGGUGGCAGCACAGAUGUGCGUAGCUCACUUCAAACUUCUACCCCAUGACAAGGUGGCCAUGCCUUACCAGUGGGAGUACCCAUACUUGCUCAGUAUCAUCCCUUCCCUCUUUGGCCUCUUCUCUUUUCCCCGAAACAACAUCAGCUACCUGGUGAUUUCCAUGAUCAGCACUGGCCUCUUCUCAGUGGCGCCUCUCAUCUACGGCAGCAUGGAGAUGUUCCCGAUGGCUCAGCAGCUCUACCGCCACGGCAAAGCCUACCGAUUCAUCUUCGGUUUCUCUGCAGUCUCUGUCAUGUAUUUGUUGGUAGUGGUGGCGGUGCAAGUUCAUGGCUGGCAACUUUAUUACAGCAAAAAGCUCUUGGACUCCUGGUUUACCAGCACUCAGGAGAAGAAGAAGAAGUAAACGAGGGGUUGGCAGCUGCAUGCAUCGACACUCGCUUGGAUCGAGGGGUGGGGAGGAAGAGGGAGAGGUCUCCUGAGGGUUUCUCUCACGUUCAUACUGAGCAAAUGGGAGAUCCAGGGGUUCCAGCUGCCUGAAUGAACAUUGAAAUAGGUUCUGUGGUUUUCCAGCUUGCGUGACUUAUAACUGGGAGUUGUAGGCUUGGGUAGUCCUGCUUUGGAAGGGAUUUAGGGGAUCCUCCUUCCAAAGGAGGCAGCUGAUACCCUUUAGAGCAGGGGUGUCAAACUUGCAGCCUGUGGGCCAUACGUGUCACGCACUGGUCACGCCAACCCCCGUUUUAGUGAACGGGGGAAAAAAAGUUGUGAUACAUCACAUGACGACAAUGUGUCGUCGCAAGCUUGACAACCCUGCUUUAGAGAGAUGCUUUCCUCAUUUGACUUAGGCAGAUGAGACUUGCUGGAGUCUCCUGUUGGUUUGAACAAACCAAUAUUGAGCUAUGCCACAUGCACUUUAAAAGAGUCACCUGUGUACUAUCUUGAAUUACGCUGUGAAUAAUUGGAUCCUAGUAGGAAUAGGAAAGCAGCACACAGCAAGGCUAGGAACCCCUUCCCUCCCUCCCUCCCUCCCUUCCUCCAACUCCCACUUCAGAAUAUUAUAGGAUCCAACCAAGAGAUGUUUCUUGUGUGUGGUCAUGCCCCCAGGAGCAGCUACUUACCCUGGCGGUAAGAACUGCCACCCAAUUUUACUCUUUCUCCAGCCCUACCAACGAAGGACUGUUGGUAGGGCCAAGCACUGAGACCUUCCCUGCUGAAUUUCCCCUCAGCUUGACUUGCCAUCUUCCCUGGCAAGCCCAACCUUGGAGUGCCCACUCAUGUUCCAGGGACUGUUUGCCUUUUUUAAAAGCUGUCUAGGUGUUCCAGGAAUGGCCGCCGCCACCCAUAUCUGCUCUCAUGCUUGUGAACCAAAUAAAGUGCUAUCUUAAAAGUC